GUAAUCUAUCUCAACUAUUUACAACUUCCAUGACAGAUAUUUUGUAGACCAUCCUGCCGCAGCAACUCAACUGCAAUGGCUUUUACAACUCAAAUCAAUCUGCGACCCAGGCCCGCCCAUACUUCUGGGCCGACUUAUCUAUCGUAUACUCCAGAUGGCUCAAAAUUGGUCACAGUCGGGUCAAAUAACACAACCCGAGUAUACAAGACUGGAUCCGAUGGAGAACCUACGAAUAUUGAUGAUUGCCAAGAGCAGAAUAUGGGAGUUGAUUCUACAGUAGGUAUCCGGUUAUCUGGAUGAAAUAUGCUAAAAUUAUUUGAAGAAUGACUUUUUCGUCGCUGGUUCCGAAGAUGGAACUGUUAGCAAAUAUUCUUUCGAUACGAUGUCAUUUGACAAAUUCCUUAUGCGCUGUUCAUUACCAGUUCGAGACGUUGCGAUAUCACCAAAUGGUAGAUGGUGUGCUGUUGCCAGUGAUGAACUCACCGUCAAAAUCGUAGACACAAACGAUGUAAACCAUAUGAUGUACCUCAGAGAUCAGCAGAAACCUGUGAAGCAUUUAUCCUUCGAUCCAAGCAACAAAUUCAUAGCUUUAUCAUGUACGGAUGGUAUGAUAUACGUAUAUUCGUUGUUGGAUGAGGAACCAGAACUUGUGAGGACAAUUGAUGGAAUGAUUAGAGCUGUAGAGACGGAUGAUGAGAUUAGCUCGAAAGUCGUGUGGCACCCGGAUGGUAGAGCAUUUGCAGCACCAACUGCCACAAGAGAUAUCCAAGCCAUGUCCCGAAGUGAUUGGGAGAAACAGCGUGUCUUUGCGAACGGCCAUACCGGGGAUAUCACAGCAUUGGCGUGGUCGCCAAAUGGAGCGAUGCUGGCGUCAGCUGGGAAGGAUAGAAAGAUCUUGCUCUGGGAGACCAAAACACAAAAGAUCAUUGCUACUUACGACCAUGCAAAUGUCAUGGACUUGGCCUGGCACCCUACCGAUAAUUUGCUUUCAUUUACCAAUUUGGAUGGAGAGGUUUAUAUUUUUCAGAAUUUUGUACCCGAUGAGCAUGCUCACCUGGUCAAAUUGGGGCGGCAACCAGCUCCUUUUGUGCAUGAUCCGUUGUCAGAAAUCUCAAAUAAUGCACGACGGCCGACCACAAAUGGUACAAAAGGUAUGCCAGUCCGAGGAGUUCGGCGUGGCUCCCCUGACAGUUUGGAUGACAUCCUUGGAUCUGAUAUAAUGGGAGAUGAAGAUGACUUUGUCAUUGAUGAUGAUGGCGCUGGCUAUGCACUCGGAUUAAAUGGCAAUGGCAAGAGACCUGCGGACGAUGUGGAUCCUUAUGGGAUGUCCAGGAGUAAAAGGCAAGCGCAAUCAUGGGAGCCACAAUAUCACGAAUCCUUUCAGCCAGGUAGCACACCCUGGCGAGGAGACCGGAAGUAUCUUUGUCUCAAUUUAAUUGGAUUUGUGUGGACCAUUGACCAGGGCGAUUAUCACCAAGUCACGGCAGAAUUCUAUGAUCGCGAAACCUACCGCGAUUUUCGCUUCACAGAUCAUUUACUAUAUGAUAAAGCCUGUCUCAACGAAAACGGCUCUCUUUAUUCCUGUCCUUCCGGCAACGGUCAUCCAGCAACAAUCUUAUACCGUCCCCAUGAAUCUUGGACAAGCGGUACAAAUCGUGUAGAAUGGCACACUGAGUUACCUAAAGGUGAGGAGGUGAGUGCCAUUGCACUCAGUGAGUCUUUCGUCACAGUCACUACUACCGCAAAUUAUGUUCGUAUAUACACACUUUUCGGGAUACCGUUCAGGGUAUAUAGGCAGAAAAGUAGUCCCAUUGUUACUUGCGCGAGUUGGAGGGAUUACGUCCUUACUCUAGGAAAUGGUCCCGUGGGCGCGGAUGGAAAUACAAAACUGCUGUAUACAAUACAAAACAUCAAAAGGGAUGAAAUCUGUCAAAACGAGGAUGUAGUAGCUUUACCGGAUGGCGAAACGGUCAAAAGCGUCUUCUUUUCAGAUAACGGUGUAAGCACAUAUCCUGGUUUAGGACUCUUCAUGUUCGCUUAACUGACUCUAACCCUUAGGACCCAUGCAUUUAUGACUCUACUGGAACACUCCUUACUCUUGUUCACUGGCGUGAGCCAUCUCAGGCAAGCUGGGUUCCUCUUCUCGAUACUAAACUUCUCUCUCGUCUCGCGAGUGGGCGUAAAACAGAAACAUAUUUUCCCGUGGCGGUGUCAGACAAUAAAUUCCACUGCAUCAUCUUGAAAGGUGGUGACAAAUAUCCCUAUUUCCCCCGUCCACUGCUCACCGAGUUUGAUUUCCAAAUACCUAUUUCCUCACAGUCAAAACCUGAUAGUGGUGACGAUGGUAACGAGACUGGUGGAGAUGAAAUGAAGAAAUUGGAAGGAGAAUUCGCCCUCAAGAGUAUUCUUUCAAUACUCAAGUCGGACCUUGUCAAGUCUACUGCAAGUACAGAAAGUGAACGGCAGGAAUUACUAACGAUGGAUGUCGAGAUCGAUAAGAGCCUACUGAGGAUGAUGAUGGCUGAAUGUAUAGAAGGAGAGGAAAGAGGUAUGAGGGCAUUGGAGAUGGUGCAAUUAAUGAAAGAUAGGACGGGGAAAUUUAUCGAGGCAGCGGGUCAAAUAGCGGAUAAGUACGAUAGGGUAAUUUUAGGAGAAAAAAUAAGGGAAUUGGGUGAGGAGAGAUUGCUGGAGAUGGAUGAGGACUAAAUAACUAAUGUAUUUAUGAAUGUAUCAUGAAAUGACGUUUGUGUAAAUUGUAAGAUAUGAAACUGGUUGGCUACUAGGUAUUUAGGAAUCUUGAUGGAUGUAUGCAUUCUUGGUGUGCUGCUGAAACGAUGGUCGUCAAAACUUAGAUGUCUUUGAUAUGCCAAAGGUAAAGCAGGACAGCAAGUUGGGGCAAGCUCGUCCAGAACCAAUACCCGAAUCACACUCCGAUG